AUUUAUUCGUAGAUGUAUAUAAAUAUAUACACACGUUAUACACACGUUCAUGUAUGAUAUAUAUAUAUCUGUGUGUGUGUGAGUGUAUAUAUUAUGAGGGAAAGCUUCUGCAAUUAACAUGUGUGUUUAUGAUGUUUCGUCACUUCAACUUAGAGCCACAACAAAAACACCCGGGUUUUAUCUUCUAGAAUGUUCUAAAAAGACAUUGAAUUUGGCAGCGAAGGAACCUAGCUCAUGUUUUAGGAAAUCUGUCCAAAGGUAAAAGUGCAUUAUGGGUCAAGUUUUUCGUCGUCUUCAGGAACUUGAGAGGGAAUGCGUCGGUCAUCAUAACUACACGACCAAAACGCUGACCAGCAGUGGCUUUCCAGACCUAAGGGAGCUUCCACCUGAACUGAGUUUAGCUGUCUUGUCCUAUCUGAACGCCACCGACCUCUGUCUGGCUGCAUGUGUGUGGGACACCCUUGGCAAUGAUGAGUUACUUUGGUUAAGCCUGUGCAAAGCAUCAUGGGGAGAAGUGAGUGUGUACGAUCGAUGGCAGGACCAACCGGAAUAUUCUUACAAACGACUUUAUUUAUUGCUGGACGAAGCCUCCCUCACAUUUAAUGUGGAUCCCCUUAUAGGAAUGGACUAUUUAUUCCGACAGAGUCUGGUUGAUGACAAUCCUGUGGCCAUCGCUAACUUCCUUCACUCAACAAAACGGCUCAACCCAGACAUGAGGAGGGAAUUCCUUUACAAACGGCGUGAUGUUCUUCAUUAUUUAAUUCGGCUACAGAACUUACACAGCCUAUUUUUGCCGACAGCGCUUCGACAGUUUUUCAGUGAAGUUUCUGCUCCAGGUGAACGUGGAAGUUACCUGACCGACAUGAUAGAGAUGUUCUCUGACCAGUAUUGCCGCUGUAACCCAAACCUAGGAUUGUCUAAAGACACUGUCUUCAUUCUCUGUUUCUCCCUCAUCAUGCUCUCCGUCGACCUCUGCAGCCCUCACGUCAAGAACAAGAUGUCGAAGCGUGAGUUCAUUCGGAACACGCGGCGGGCGGCCCACGAGAUCCAGGACGACCUCGCCGGCCACCUCUAUGACAACAUUUACCUCGUUGGACACGUAGCCAUUGCUCAGAAAGCCAUCACAGAGGACCACACUCACAGUUACCGCAUUAUCACAUGAUGUUUAAUAUAUAUACACUCACUAACUGAAUUCCAGACAAAACACUACACACACUUGUCUGUGUGUCACUCUGCGUGUGGGUGGUUUUAUAUAUGUGUGUGUGUGUGUAUUGUAAUGUAUGUAUAUAUAUAUAUAUAUAUCUAUAUAUCAAACUUACGUGUGUGUGUGUUUGUGUAUACAGUUA